AUGACAUUCCGGAACCUGUACCUCGUCACCUUCUAUGCACCUUCAGACAAGUGGAAACACUUAGCAAUAUUUGUCUUUAACACCGGUGACUCGAAGAAAGGCACGCUCAUGCAUGUCAUCGGAAAUCCACCGACUGGGUAUACCCUCCAGUUUCAACGAAACUAUGAUCCCACAGCGAAUGGAUCAUUCCAAAAGAUCAUUCUGAUCGGAAAAAUAGCCGCAAAUUACGUUGCGGAUCCGAAGAGUUCACAGCCAUCCAAUGACAAUGUUCCCAGGGGCCAGUUGGAAAUCAUCGCAAGCCGUAUCCCUCCACCAACUGUUGGGAAUUAUAUGGCUCCGUUUAAAGGGGUAUGCAUUUCUCAAGGCCCAAGCGCUCACUCAGUCAAUUUUUACUAA